CUACGCCAAAGCCUGCUCGAGGGACCGACGGUCCUCGUCAUCGCUAUGUACAACGGAUCUUCCCUUGAUUAUCUACACCAGCUAUCCGCUGCUCAGGGCAUAGUAUCACCAGACCGGUACCGUCAGCUCGAAGAACAGUCGGAAAGGUAUCAUGGAUCGUGCGCCUUAGAGUUUCCCGUAAACGCUUUAAUAGCGGCGUCGCCAGCGUUCCGGCAUUAUAUCGGUGCGAAUCCGGGCAUUACGAAAGUCGAAGUCCAGAUGGGCAAGAUUCUGCCGGGAUUCGCCAUGGAAGUUCUCGACUGGCUUGCGAAUGCACUCACCAUGAACAGGUGGAGUGACUUCUUGGGACCUUGCCUAUCGAUCGUGGAUAUGGACAAGUAUUACUGGUUCUAUCCAUACGUCGCCAUGCGGAGGCUGGGCAUGGAUGUCUUCGCGGACUCCCUCCGUGCAUUCAUUGAGAUGUUGGUAGAGGAGCAUGGACUUGCAGAUGAUGCCUGGACCGCCGAGAUUUUACUCCAGCAUGCACCAGCUGAGGACCCAAUUCUCCUAUGUAUUGCGAAGCGAUACGCAAACCUCAUCGUCAAGGGCAAGCUGCCUCUGUCAGCCGAGGAAUGUUGCAAGAUCAACGAGAAGUUCCCCCAUUUUGGGCAGAUGGUGAACGCUCUACUG